AUGGACGGGCUUCCUUCAGUAUGUCCGAUCGUCUACCCAGGCAGCUACACCAUAUGGCAGAGCUUAUACGCAUUAGUGAUCGAGCGUGGCGGGAUUGGUGGUGACUUCGAGUCCAAUGACAAUGAAAUUGAGUCAUCUCCGCCACAGGGUGUUGAGAGUAGUGCAUCCGGAAAGGGUAAACGGGUAGGCAAACUUAAGCGUGUUAAAGAUGCGGAGGUUGAAGUGGUCGGCCUAGUGUCUACUUUAUGCGAGAGAGCUGACCAACAUCAAUCCAAUGGAUCGUCAAGAAAGCAUGCUACUGAUCGCGGCGAGAUUUCGGCGGCCCGGUUGGACAGCAAACGAGGAGAGGGAAUGCUACCGGAUUUAAGCAUGCUACUGAUCGCGGCGAGAUUUCGGCGGCCCGGUUGGACAGCAAACGAGGAGAGGGAAUGCUACCGGAUUUUCUUUAACAUUUGUCGGGAAACUCCCGACGUCAACGACCCUACCAUCAUCAACUCUAUAUGGCACAACCUUUCCAUACAACUAACCGAAGAGAUGCUCCUUCAUUUCUCCGUGCUCAAAGUGAAGGCAAUGAACAAGGCACUCCACACGUACUACCGAGAGUUCCUCACUUUCCUUGACACUCCCGGUGUGGACGUGCAGCCGGAUACGGGUCUUGUGACUGUAACGCCUACGUAUUGGGCAUUUGUUAGCCGGGAAACGGAUUUGGAAUACUUUUUCCGUCAUGUUGGCUUCCCAUGGUAUGAAGAGUGUGUGGAGCUAUGGGAUUUGAGAGAUGCGGCUACUGUGCACAUCGAGGCAGGUGAAAGGGGCCACGACCUAAUCAUGUUUGACGACACGGAUGAGGAAAUUGUUGCUGCCGAUGAGGCGAACGGGGCAGACGGUGCUGAUGGUGAUUCUUUGGAAUUAGAGAAUGACAAGGGUGACGGCACCGCCAAUGGGCUGCAUGAAGUUGAAGUUGACGCAGCAGUGGACGAACAUUUUGAGGAGGAGUUCGUGGAAGAACCAGCCCCAGUCGAGGUGGUUGACAUUGAUUCGGACGAGGCACCGAAUGAAAUGGAUCUCGACACAGGCGUCGUCUCCUGCGUUGACUCAGAGUAG